AUGAAGUUCAACCCCUUUGUGACCUCGGACCGCAGCAAGAACCGCAAAAGGCACUUCAAUGCCCCCUCCCACAUCCGCAGGAAAAUCAUGUCCUCGCCCCUGUCCAAGGAGCUGCGGCAGAAGUACAACGUGCGCUCCAUGCCCAUCCGCAAGGACGACGAGGUCCAGGUGGUCCGAGGACACUACAAGGGGCAGCAGAUCGGGAAGGUGGUGCAGGUGUACAGGAAGAAAUACGUGAUCUACAUCGAGCGCGUGCAGCGGGAGAAGGCCAAUGGCACCACCGUGCACGUGGGCAUCCACCCCAGCAAGGUGGUGAUCACCAGGCUAAAGCUGGACAAGGACCGCAAGAAGAUCUUGGAGCGUAAAGCCAAGUCCCGCCAGGUUGGCAAGGAGAAGGGCAAGUACAAGGAGGAAACAAUCGAGAAGAUGCAAGAAUAGAUGGUUUCCUGUUUGACACCAUUAAAAAACUGCUAAAAUUCAA